CCUUCCUGCUACCUUUAUCAGGUCGUCGGUCCACCUUUUGGGUGGACGUCCCACGCUGCGUUUUUCAUUAGACGUACGCGUCUACAAAUAAAAUUUUAUCCGACUUAUUAGGCAUUCACGAAAACUAACUGAAUAUUUUUUACAUAAAACGACUUCAAAAUAUUGGGUUCGAACAUUCUUCAACAACUUACGUCAUAAUGUUUUUCUUUUCAUUUAAAUUAGUAACCUUUUGCCGAAAAUGUAUCUUUAAGCCAUGAAAAGGGGCAUGUAUCACUAUUUGCAGAUAAUAAAUGUGCAUGUCAAAUAUAGUCUGUAUUUUUUUUGUUUCAUAAGUCAGCAGUUAACAGCAACCUUUGUAAGAGAACCAUCUACCUGAAACGUUAUCAGGAACCGGUGUAACUUGCUCCAAAAGUUAAAUUUGGCAAUUCACCCCAAUGCAACGUUUACAAUUUUCAGUCUUGGGAAAAUAUUCAUAACUCAACAAUGAUUUAAGUUUAUACGGUCUACUCCCAGCUAUGUAUCUAUAUGUGUGACUGCUCCUUUUCCAUUUAAAUCCAGGGCAUACCUAUUACCUACAUGUAUCCGUGCACUUAUUUAUUCAAAUACUUCUUUUCAUUAAAGGUACGUAUUAAAUAAGGUACUCGCGUACAGAAUAAUUUAUAGAGAUUAUUAAAAUAUUUAACAGUUUCCUUACAAAAGUACAUACAUAUUUUGCGGCAGUAACAAUGCCGUACAAUCGUCGCAUAUGAAAGCAUCAAUAAAGGGUAUUCUUCACUAUUCUUCAUUAAUUAUAAUAUAAUGAGCUCCAUCAAUUUAGUAUAGAUUCGGCCGAAAUAGUGUGUGUUUUCAAUGCCAUUAUUUAAAUAAUAUUAACUAUGCCGAUGUUGAUAGGUAAAUUAUAAUGAUAUUGUUAUUGUAUCAAAUAGAACAAAGGAAUAAAUAAAAAUAUUAUUCAAAAAUAUAUUUUUAAGAGUAUGUUUAAUUUGACUGUACCUACCAGUACAGUUCCAAAGCUAAUUAGUACUUAGUUCAAAAGACUUUGUCUUCAGUUUGAGUAAAAGACCGUGCAAUGACGCAUCACUCCAUAAAAUUAAAAUGUGUGCGAUGGUGUUUCUUACUAGCAACGUUGCAGAUGGUCGGUCUCGUGAAUGCCAAAUCUCCACACGUUGUUUUUAUAAUGGCCGAUGAUAUGGGUUGGAAUGACGUGUCAUACCAUGGAUCGGAUCAAAUAUUGACGCCCAACAUAGACACCAUCGCAUUCCGGAGCGUGAUCCUGCAGCAGUACUACAGUGAGGCCAUCUGCACUCCCGCCAGAACUGCCCUGCUCACGGGGAAAUAUCCCAUGAGAUUAGGUAUGCAUGGACCACCUCUAUUUAACGGAGAGGACCGCGGGAUACCUCUGACAGAGCGGCUUUUACCCUCGUAUAUGAAAGAGUUGGGAUAUACUACUCACCUCGUGGGGAAAUGGCAUGUAGGGAUGUCUCGACCAGAAUACCUGCCCACUGCGCGAGGGUACGACUCGCACUAUGGACCGAGAGGUGGAUUCGUUGACUAUUAUACGUAUAACAAAGUGGAGACAUGGCCGAACGGAUAUUCGCUGUUUGGGCUCGAUCUAUUUGAUGAUAAUAUACCACAAGAAGAUGAAGAACGUUACAUUGUUGAUGCGCUAACUGAUAGAGCUGUCAGGAUUAUACAUCACCACAAUGCAUCGCAGCCACUGUUUCUCCACCUCACACACACCGCUCCCCAUGCGGGCAACAUCGGUGGGUUGCUACAGCCGCCACUCAACUCAACGGUCCAAAACCGGCACAUUGCUCAUUCGGACCGUAGACUAUAUGCAGAGGUUGUCCAGAGUCUUGACCUUAGCGUUGGGAAAGUCGUCAAAGCUCUAGAUGCGAAAGGUAUAUUGAAUGAUACCAUCAUAAUAUUCGUAUCGGAUAAUGGAGCUCCAACGAUUGGCAAAACGAACAAUUGGGGUGUCAACUUGCCUUUUAGGGGACUAAAAGAAACAGCAUGGGAAGGAGCUGUUAGAGUUCCAGCCUAUAUUUGGCACUCGUCGUUCAAGCCAAGAAUAUGGGACGGGUUAAUGCACAUCACUGAUUGGUUACCAACUCUAACCACAGCUGCUGGCGGUGAAUUCAUCGGAAAAAUUGACGGAAUUAACCAAUGGGAUUCCAUCGUACAGGACGGCGAAUCAAGAAGAAGGGAUGUGCUUUUAACUUUGGAAGAUAAUGAUCUCAACAGGUUUGCUUCGUAUAGAGCUGGUGAUUACAAAAUUGUAAUAGGAAAUGUUACUGGAAUGAAUAAUGAUUAUUAUGGGGAGAAAUUUAUUAUAAACAAAAAAGCCCCUCCAGCUUAUUAUCCGGCUUUAAAGUCUUGUGAAGUUGCAAGAGUAUUUGAAAGAAUGGGAAUUGUUUUGGACUAUAAUGAAGUAUUGUCAAUGAGAAACGCUACUGUUAUAAAACAGGAGGACAAGGUGAAAGACCGCACGCUAUGUGUACCAACUCCACGUCGUGGUUGUCUUUUUAACGUAAGACGAGAUCCUAUAGAAAGCCAUGAUCUUUGGGAUAAGGAACAUAAAGUUGCUGUGACGCUGACCAAGCGUGUCCUGGGUCUUUGGGCUAUGCAAGACAAAAGAGGUCCUACAAAUAUACAAGUUCAAGCUGAUCCAGCCAACUUUGACUACGUAUGGACUCCUUGGAUUCAUGAUGGCAGUGAUAACUCUGGUACACAAAGCAACAGGACCUCAACAUCAGAAAGUUUAGCUAAUUGCGAUAACAAGAGGCUAUUAAGACAUUUAUUAUGUAAACUAAAAGUUACCGGCCAUGGAAUUAAUUAGAAAUGUAACUUCUGCAUGGUUAGAUGCGUACCUACUUAAUUGUUGACAUAAUACAAAUAAAAAACAGCUUUGACUAGAGCAAAAGUGUUAUUAGUAUUACUCAUCAUUACUAUUUAAUGAUUUAUUUACUGAUACUUUAUUAACGACGUUUGUUAAGAAAUAAAUAAAUUACUAUAAUUACAAACUUGUAUUUAUUAACAACUAGCUGACCCGGCG